UUCUAUUUAAAGUUGUUUUCAUCAGAUCCUCCUGAUGUUCAGGCUCUCACAGCUUCCUGUGUUGUUGUGCAGAGCAGUGAGGCGCCGCCUUUGGCUGCAGGAUGAACGGCAGCAGCAGCGUCUCUGCGGCCCAAAGUGUGCGGAUCAAAGCCGAAGCAGAUGAGUGGACUAAGGAUGACUGCCUGACCCUGCUGGAGCGGAUCCGCAGCCUGUUGCCGGACGGAGACGCCAUGAAGUAUAAAACCACAGAGUCGCACUUCGACUGGGACAAGGUCCGCUUCGGCAGCUUCACCGGGGACAUGUGCCGCCAGAAGUGGCUGAAGGUGUCCUCUGAGGUGCGAAAGUAUCGAACGAUGACGGAGCUCCUCGUGGACGCCAUGGAGCUGGUGAAGAACCCGUACAAAGGCAAGAAGCUGAAGACCCACCCAGACUUCCCCAAGAAGCCGCUGACGCCCUACUUCCGCUUCUUCAUGGAGAAACGGGCCAAAUACGCCAAGAUCCACCCCGAGAUGAGCAACCUGGACCUGACCAAGAUCCUCUCCAAGAAGUACAAGGAGCUGCCCGAAAAGAAAAAGGUUUGGACCGGAACCAGAACUCACCUGCUACAGGUCCCGGGUUUUAACGGGCUGCUACAGAUCCCGGGUUCUGACCCGCUGCUACAGGUCCCGGGUUCUAACGGGCCGUCUUCUUCCAGGAACGGCUACUCGCUGUACUGCGCUGAGCUGAUGGUGAACAUGAAGGACGUCCCCAGCACGGAGCGCAUGGUGCUCUGCAGCAAGCAGUGGAAGAUGCUGACCCAGAAGGAGAAGGACAUGUUCCAGAAGCGCUGCGAGCAGAAAAAGAAGCAGUACGACAUCGACCUGCAGCGCUUCCUGGAGAGCCUUCCUGAGGAGGAGCGCGAGCGAGUCCUAUCAGAGGAGAAAAUGGGCGGGUCCAAGUUGAAUGUGUCUCAACACAGAGCAAAGUCUCCAUCACUGAAGGAGCGCAGUCGAGAGCCCGAGCUGGAGACCUGGAUACCUGCCGGAUCACCCAAAGACAGACGAGACGGAAAGAAGACAGUGAAGCUUCCAGAGACGCCAAAAACCGCUGAGGAGAUGUGGCAGCAUAGUGUGAUAGGAGACUACAUGGCCAAGUAUAGAAGCGACCGCAGGAAGGCGCAAGCAGCUAUGGACGCGGCCUGGAGGUCUAUGGAGAAGAAGGAGAAAAUUCCCUGGAUUAAGAAGGCGGCAGAGGACCAGAAGCGUUACGAGGUUCAGUACCAGUCUGUGAGGGAGCUGUUGGAGAUGCGAACACCAGCUGCAGGUCAGAGGAAACCCAAGUUUGAUGGGGAACCCAAGAAGCCCCCAGUGAGCGGGUAUCAGAUGUUCUCCCAGGAGCUGCUGACAAACGGAGAGCUGAACCACUUCAGCCUGAAGGAGCGCAUGGUGGAGAUCGGGAAAAGGUGGCAGAAGCUGAGCCAGAGUCAGAAGGACAAGUACAAGAAGCUGGUUGAGGAGCAGCAGGUGGAGUACAAGGUGGAACUGGAGGCCUGGGUUAAGUCGCUUUCCCCUCAGGAUCGAGCCAUCUACAAGGAGUUCUCCUCCUCGAAACGGCGCAGCACCACCAAGGCCACCAGCAGUCCCGUGGCUAAGGUCCACGUAACAGCCAAGGGGAAGGCAGGAGGCUCAAGAGCGGUGAAUCCAGGGGUCGGAGUGGGUAGGAGGGCCAUGGCGUACCGCGCUAAGAAGGACAUGUCUGACUCUGACGAAGAGGAGGAGAAGAGCAACUCCUCGGACUCUGAUGAAGAUGAUGAAACAUCAGGAAGCACCGACAGCGAGGACGAAGAUGAGAACGAUGAUGAGGAGGAGGAUGACGACGAUCAGUCCUCCUCCGAGGAAUCUAGUGAGUUGGACUCGGAUUAGCUCGGCCCCUCCUUCCUGUCGAAGAGGACCGGCUGUGCAGGCCACGCCCCCUGUCCUGCCAAUCAUCCAGGCUUACCAACGAGAGGCCGCGCCGUCCUUAGUGGGCGGAGCAUUUUGUUACACGCGUUUCCGUUUCGGUCGACUGUUGGUCUUUAUCUGACGGACGCUUUUUAGUCAAUUACAACUUCCUGUUUGUUUAUUAACCUGGGAAGGGGUAGGGGUUCCUACAUAUCCAGAGGAGGGGGCGGAGUCUGUCACCCCUGGGGGAGGAGUCAGGAAAGGAGAAACGAAAAUAAAUGCACUUUUUCCAAAC